AUGGCGUCCUCCAAGCAAGUGCUUCUCCUGGCCGCGGUCGCCGCCGUCGCGUGCCUCGCGUCGCUGGCCUCCGCCACGCAGUGGGUGGUCGGGGACGAAUGCGGCUGGAGGGCCAAGUUCAACCAGACCGGCUGGGCCGACGGCAAGACGUUCGUGGUCGGCGACACCCUGCUGUUCAAGUACCCCAAGGGGAAACACACGGUGGUCCAGGUCGGCGAGGAAGACUUCGCUACGUGCAACCAUGACGACGACGACAACCAGCUCGGGGCCUCGUGCUCCGGCCACGACGUCGUGCGGCUCGACAAGCCCGGCAAGAUGUGGUUCAUCUGCACCAAGCGCAACCACUGCCUCAAGGGGGCAUGA